AUCUGACUCAGCCCGUCACUCAGGCUUUCCUAGAGAGCUGAGCCAAUGCCACCCCUAUGAGGUGGGCCGAGCUCAGUGGGCUGGGUGAGCAUAACCAGGCAGGUUUUUGUGCGUCGCAGGUCUGGGAAGGCCGAUGGCGGGUCAUCCCUUACGAUGUCCUGCCUGACUGGCUGAAAGACAACGAUUACUUGCUUCAUGGACAUCGACCACCCAUGCCAUCGUUCCGUGCCUGUUUCAAAAGCAUCUUUCGCAUCCACACCGAGACCGGAAACAUCUGGACCCACCUGCUUGGCUUCGUGCUCUUCCUGUGUCUCGGGGUCCUGACCAUGCUGCGUCCCAACAUGUACUUCCUGGCGCCACUGCAGGAGAAGGUGGUUUUUGGGAUGUUCUUCCUAGGUGCUGUGCUAUGUCUCAGCUUCUCUUGGCUGUUCCACACCGUCUAUUGUCAUUCAGAGAAGGUGUCGCGGACUUUCUCCAAGUUGGACUACUCAGGAAUUGCCCUGCUGAUUAUGGGGAGUUUCAUCCCGUGGCUUUACUACUCCUUCUACUGCUCGCCCCAGCCACGACUCAUCUAUCUGUCCAUCGUCUGCGUCCUCGGCAUCUCUGCCAUUAUUGUCGCACAGUGGGAUCGCUUCGCCACUCCCAAACACAGGCAGACCCGAGCAGGGGUCUUCCUCGGGCUGGGCCUGAGUGGUGUGGUACCCACAAUGCAUUUCACCAUUGCGGAGGGCUUCGCCAAGGCUACCACCGUGGGCCAAAUGGGAUGGUUCUUCUUGAUGGCCGUGAUGUACAUCACGGGAGCUGGACUCUAUGCGGCUCGUAUUCCCGAAAGAUUCUUCCCGGGCAAAUUUGACAUCUGGGUGAGUUUCUUUGUCAGCAAAUUUUCCCUCUGGGAAGGAAAAUACUACAGGCAGUUCUCGACUUACAACCUCAACAGAGUCCGUCCAUUCCGGUCAUCAUGAUGGUCGUAGAGCCGGUUGUGCUCACGGCCAACCUAGUUUUACGACCUGUUAUUUUGCAGCAUUUAACUGAAACUGAAUGUCAGCGUUCCAAGUAUCAUGUAGAAUUAAAUCAGAGUCCAAGGC